GCAAAAAGUAGGCAUUCCAAUCAACAGGCUGCAAGGCAUACAUGCCCUAAGUGGCGGAGGCUAAAGCAACAGCCUUCAGAAUACCUGCAGAUACUUUGCCCGAGGAGGAGAGCAUGACCACCGAAAUAGUAAAAACAUAUUCCGAUCUUGAAGUUCCUGAGAAAGAAGUCCAAACCCAACGCAUAGCUAUAAAUCCUGAAUUGCUCGUAGCAGCAAGAUCAGGACGCAAAGAUAUUCUGGAUAAAUUGCUGCAACCAAAAGAUGUUCCUUCUAGAGCUCCGAUGGGGGAGUUCACAAUAGCAGUAUCGGAGGAAUCUGCAACACAAAAAAAUACCAGCUGCCUCCUUGGAGUAACACCAGAUGGGAACACAAUCCUCCAUAUAGUUGCUAGUCGAGGACAUCUAGAGCUUGCCCAGGAGAUUUGUCACCGAGAGAGAUCUCUUUUGGUGGCACAAAAUAUAAGGCUUGACACCCCACUACAUUGUGCUGCAAGGGUUGGGGAUGACAAGAUGGCCUCCCUCAUCAUCUUGUUCGCAAAGGAGGAUAAGAUCGAAGCGAGAGUGCUGACAGCAAAGAAUAGGGAUGAUGCUAAUGCUUUGCAUGAGGCCGUCAAAUAUAACCAUGUGCACGUGGCUAAUGUAUUGAUGGAGGAGGAUGAUGAACUGGCAUCCAAGUCGAACUGUGCCGGUAUGUCUCCACUCUACCUAGCCAUCAUGAUGGGAUCGCUAAAUGUAGCCAAAGCAUUGCUGCAGUCUUCUUCCUGGGAAAAAGCUUCUUUAGAAUCUUAUGCAGGUCCUAAUAAGCAUACCGCACUACAUGUAGCUGUUCGCAUAAGCCGAGAAAUUACAGAAGCCAUAUUGCGACGGGAGCCCACGCUCGCCAUAGGUGCUGAUGACUUGGGGCGAAUUCCUCUACAUUAUGCAGCUUCAAAUGGUCAUCGUGAUAUAGUGGAGCUAUUAUUAAAGCUCUAUUCGGCGUACCACCAAAAUUGCUUGCUUGCAAAGAGGAUGUAUCAUCCAGCGAUGGGGACAAAACGAAACCAUCCAGUGUUGAUGAGGUCAAGGAAAAAUCACCGAGUGAUGAAGACAAAAAGAAGCCAUCCGUUGAUGAUAAGGCCAAAGAAGAUGCAUCCAGCGAUUAGGAAAAAGAAUUGAAGAUGGCUGAUGCAGGAUGAAGAACUGAAGAAACAACUGGAUGUACCCAAAAAUCUGGCGCUUGUUACGGUGUUGAUUGCCACAGUCACAUUUGCUGCUGGUGUCGCAGUCCCCGGAGGAUAUAUAGAUGAUGAUCAUCCAGGCCAUGGCACAUCAGUUCUAGCAAAGGAGUAUCCUUUCAAGGUGUUCCAAGUCUCUGAUGCCUUCGCAUUCGUCUGUUCCAUCUUAGCCACGUUUUGGCUCAUGGAUGCAGGAACAUCAACCGUUGAUAAACAUGCUCGCCGGCGAGCCCUUUCUUUCGCUUGGCAGUGUCUAUGGGUGGCAUUUAGCGGUAUGUCCACUGCAUUCGCGAUGGGUAUACAUGCAACGUUGGCUCACAGCUGCAAGAGUAUUAGCAUUCUUUUAUGCAUCAUUGCUCUCGCAACCCCUAUUUUAGCUAAUGUGGUGUCACACUAUAACCUCUAUAAAUUUAGGAAAACAGUUGGCAUCAGGCAAGGGUAUAGACAUUGGAUUUGGCCAACCACCUUACACCCGCAUGUUGAAAAUAUUCUUCGUCCUAUAUUGAUGCCCCGUGGAGCCAUCAUUUCUUACCUGCUUCCAAUAUUGGGCAGUUAUGUUAUCUUUUUCCUAUUACCUAUGCUCUUGGCGCGUAAAAGUUAAAACCAUUGGAAGAAGCACUUUAUUAGCAUGCGUGGCUAAUAGAUGUCCGAGGAAUAGUUGCUUGUAUAUUACAUUAAGAACAAUGUGCUAAUUAUCCUUUCU